GUCUUAUGGCUUUCUCUGCUAGUUUCUGAGUUUUAAAUAAUUGAUUCGUUUUGUUUAAUCAUGACUGUGACUUACACCUCCAGCGUUAGCACCUCAAGUGUAGUCAACAAUUUUCUUCGAUUGUUGGCGAGAUGGCGUGGUAGUAUUUACAAGGUGCUAUGGGUGCAUCUAAUUGUGUUCUUCGGAUUGUAUUGCUUACUGGCAAUUAUAUACCGACUUCUGAUGAACGAAGAGGGAAAAAAGUUUUUUGAGGCUAUUUCUUCCUACUGUUUAAGUCAUGGUGCUCUUAUUCCGCUGUCUUUCGUAAUGGGAUUUUACGUGACCAUCGUGAUGAAGCGCUGGUGGGAGCAAUACACCACCAUUCCUUGGCCAGACGGGAUUGCCAUUCUGAUCAGCACCAGCAUCCAUGGCUCCGAUGACAGAGCCAGGGUCAUGAGGCGAACCAUCCUGAGAUAUGUGUGCCUGUGUCAGGUGAUUGUUUUCACCAUGAUUGCACCGCGUGUGAAGCGUCGAUUUCCCACCUACAACCAAAUCAUUGAAGCUGGGUUUUUGCUCGAGAACGAGAAGAAGAUCAUUGAGACCUUGGACCAAGCCUUUCCCUCAUAUCCAAAGCACUGGAUGCCCAUCGUCUGGGCUGCUAGUAUUGUGAUGAGGGCCAGGAGGGAGAACAAAAUCCGCGAUGAUUACGCCGUUAAGACGAUCAUCGAUGAGUUGAACCAUUUUCGCGGUCGUUGUGGCUUUUUGCUCUACUACGAUUGGGUCACUGUUCCUCUGGUGUACACCCAAGUGGUCACUUUGGCCACCUACGCGUUCUUUCUGUUCAGCGCUCUCGGACAACAGUGGACGGAAAACGGAGUUCAAGAUGGACUUAACGUUGUGAGGUACUUUCCCAUCCUGACCGUUCUUCAGUUUUUCUUUUACAUGGGCUGGCUCAAGGUAGGCGAAACUUUAAUAAAUCCUUUUGGAGAGGAUGAUGAUGACUUUGAGCUUAACUGGAUAAUCGAUCGGAAUAUUACCGUUGCUUAUUGCAUCGUGGACGAAAUGCACCAGGAGCAUCCUGAACUAGUGAAGGACCAGUAUUGGGAUGAAGUCUUUCCGAAUGAAAUGCCAUACACUAGUGCAAGCAAACGCGCAGAACCCCCGUCACCCUCAACUGCAUAUAUGGAUUUCCCACAUAAGGGAUCGGCACAUUCGACUUUCAGUACUUUUAAAUUCUUGAACUCCUUUCAAAUGGAUGGUAGGCCUGCAGGGCUGACUUUUAGUGAGAAUCUGCUUGCACCAAUACAGGACGAUCCGGAGAGCUCCCGAGAACCGUCCCAAACCACAAUUGAUUUCAAUGAGCUAAUUGAGCAGCGUCGUCGUGAACGCCGAAGUCGCAUUCGUCACCGAUUUGUGGAUAUGCGAAGUACCUAUCUUCGUCACGAUUCUUCCGGUGCUCCCUAUAAAAUCACAGUUCUUCGUCCUCCGUCCGAGGAAUCAUUUUCGGAGAACCAGGAAAACGAGGGAACCCAGCAGGAAGCUAUGACAUCAUCUUCUUCAAAAUAACCAGAUAAAAUGGA